UCUGUUCCGGCAAGGUCCUCGACCUCGUCAUCGCCGCCGACGCCUCGGACAAGAUCUUCGAGGAAGAGUUCUACUCCCAAAUGGACUUCCUCAAACGAUUGGUCCGAAUCCUCGACGUUUCGAACGCUACGGCCCGUGUCGGAUUCCUAACCUUCGGGAAACGCCUCAGAACAGGCUUCGACCUCACCGAAUCCAACGACGCCGACACCAUCGUUAAUAAAAUCGCCGGGGCCAAGCAGUUAAAGGGUCGCGGCGGGGUCGACGACGCUAUAAAACACAUGCGCACGAGGGGCUUCCGGCGGUCCCUCUUACGGCGCGAGGUCAGCGCGCCCCGUAUAGGGUUAAUCGUGACCGGAACGAAGAAUAAGAACUUGGAGCAGAUCGAAAAAGAGGCGAAGUUUGCCGCGAAGGCCGGGAUAACCUUGUUCGCCGUCGGUGUGUCCCCGCAAGUGUCGAGCGUCCAGCUGGAGCACAUCGUGGCCAGCCAGAAACCCGGGAAGCGCUACUUCCUCGCCAAUUCGUAUAACAACAUCGAUAAUAUUCUACACGAGCUUGCGAUACAGAUAUGUGAAG